AUGGAGAAACCGUUUGAUCCGACAAUCCCUUUGCUGCUACCGCACGAGACGAUGUACAAGAUCCAGAUAGGAAGCAAAUUGUUUGAAAUAAGCGGUGCUUCGUUGAGCUCUGAUGGACCCAGUUAUUUCACGGAGUGUUUCAGCCUGAAACACCAGCAGCGUCAGCGCAACGAGGAAAAUUCACAGUACGAAAAUGACUAUGGUGGCAGCAAGUCUCCAUCUGCGACGCUGGGAAGCUCAACCAGUAACAAGGUGUUGUUCAUCGAUAGAUCUGCUGACAUUUUUGAACUUAUUUAUCGACAUUUGCAAGGCUACUUUGUUGAUAUUAAGGAUGAGGUGCAGUUUACCAUGCUGUAUUCGGAUGCCAUGUACUACAACUUGCCUCGUUUGAGAUGUAUGCUUAAGGAAUACGAGUAUUACUUUGCAAAUAUCAGUGGUAAAACUUUCAAGAUAGCCAAGAGCUUGUUCAGCAGAAAUGGGGAUUCACCAAAUUAUUUUUCCAUGACAUCCGGAGCAAUGUAUGCAGAUACCGAAAAUCUGUUCUUGACAAAAAAACUGAUACGACCACCGCCACAGUCAGCACCAUACAUUUCAAGAUCUGCUCCAUUUUUCUCGGAUAUUUUACAACUAUUGGGAGGUGCAGAACUUCAUAUGGAUGAUAAAAAACGUGAAUCCUUGAUCAAAGAGUGCAGAUACUAUCGAUUUUUGAAUUUAGAACAAAGGCUGAUUAACUGUCACAUUACUUACAAUCCUUUGACGAACCGCGAGGACAUUUCUUUGUCAUUGCAUGACAUCAAUAGAAAAAAACUAGCUUUUCCAGUCGAUAGACAAGCAAAAUGUUCUACUGUGUCGUCCACUAACGAAAAUUCCCGUGAAAGUACGGUGUGCCGCAUAGAAGAAAAUGAUUGUGGAGGUGCCAACGAUUCAGAUACAAAUUCGAAUUCAGAACCUUCACUGAAGAAAAUAAAAAUCGAACCCAAAGAUUCUAGUAGAAAAGAACAUAUUUGGAGGAUUUGUACUUACAAGAGACCUUAUCUGGAUGAAUUUGCACGCGAUUUAGCGUUCCAAAUUAAUUCAAUGGAGGUAACCUUAAUACUGAAUAAAAAGAACAAGACUAUUCACGUUGCACUCAUGAAUCAAACCGCUCAUCAAUUCGAAUCAGUUUUUAGCCCAGCAUUACAACAAUUAAGCAUUAGUUUAGCAAAGCUGAAAAUCACUCUUCCACCAUCAGAUGACUCCCAAAAGCGUAUAUCAUAUCUCGUCUUACCGGCUUGUAUAUCAAUUUGCGAUCUGACCGUGAAUGGAGCGAACUGUCCAAACCUCGGUUCCAUAGUUUCUGAUGGAUCUGGUAAGGAACAGGUCAUCGAUUUUACUAACAUUCCAAAUAUAUCAUACUGUUCAGGUAAAAAAUUGCAUCUAUCAAAAUCAUUGUGGAGGCUUGGUGCAAACAACGGCCAAGUCAUGAUGAUAGCAUUGAAAGCGCGCGCUUUUUCUGGCACGAAGGAGUACGCAAAAUUGAUGGACUUUCUGUAA